AUGGGGACCGGACGGAGACAGUUGAAGGUUAUGCUUUGGAAGAAUUGGCUUCUCAAAGUUCGUCACCCUUUCGUCACCUGCGCUGAGAUAUUACUCCCCACAGUAGUAAUGUUGUUGUUAAUAGCUAUAAGGAUGCGUGUCGAUACACAGAUUCACCCUUCGCAGCCGUAUAUCCGGAAAGAGAUGUUUGUGGAAGUGGGCAAAGGAAUAUCACCUAACUUUGAACAAGUUUUGGAAUUACUGUUGAAUAAGGAAGAGUUUCUGGCUUUUGCACCAGACACCGAAGAAACAAGUUGUGUGUUCAUGCACAUGCUAGGCACAUUCUUUUUCUUUAGGACAUCUGAGCUUUGA